CUAUUACCGACAGCUUUACGGUAGAGCCACCGCCACAGUGUGUGCGUCUUUUCAUCUCCGCCGGGCGUACAGGCUGCCGGGUUUCAGCAUGAUUUUAAAAGGACUAUAGCUGCUUUUUCUUCCUACCAUCAGCCCCUGAACCUUACCCCCUUCAAACCGAAAAGAGAUGCGCCUAAAUAGACGUGGAUACAUUGUCCGGACACUGUAAGAGAAGAAGAGGAGCAUGUAACCGGGAGAAUCCCAGCAGCAGCGGCGGCGGCGGGGACACCACCUGACACUUCCCUCUUUCUCUCCUCACAAUUUUCCUCAUAAUUUAAGGCUUCUCGAUGCGUUGAGUGAAUUCUUGUCGUUGUUUUUGGAUCUUAUUUUCAGCAAAAUGAGCGACGAAGUGUCGGAGGUCCCAAAAGAGCUUCUGGAGAGCGUGAGGGAUGCGGUGGGGAGGAAGGUGAAGCUGUCACUACGGAAGAGAGUCAAACUGGAGAUCAAAGGAGACAAGAUGGAGAACAGAGUAUUGGCUCUCGCGUCUCAACGAGCCUACCUCUUGACGGCACGCAUUCCCACCAAGGUGGAACACUCCUUUAAUUAUCUGGAGAUCCAGGGAAUUGCUUGCAACAAGCCAACACAGCUGUCCAUAGAGUAUGAGCGUGGCUCCUUCUCGCUGAAGCUGCCCUCCACAGACGAGGUAAAUGAGGUGGUGGCUCACAUAGGAAACUGUAUGCUGAGGAUAUGUCCCGGUCUACCCCCAAGUAAAGUAAUGAAGAAACUUUGCAUGGAGCCUCCAGACAGGCUGUCUUCUCUGCAGACUUUGUGGGAGAACAACAAACCUGCUGAGCCUGGACCCUGUGGUGGGUUUUCUCAGAUGUACAGAUGUGUUUGUGACUGGUUGGGGAUGCCUUACAGAGAAGAGGUCCAGUGGGAUGUAGACACUAUCUAUUUAACACAAGACACCAGAGAACUUAACUUGCAGGACUUCAGCCAUUUGGACAACAGGGAUCUGGUAGCUAUAAUAGCAGUCCUGGAGUUUAACCAGUGGUUCACCAAGCUCUCUACUAAGGAUUACAAACUGUCUGCAGAUGUUUGCGAGCAGAUCCUUCGGGUGGUGUCUCGAUCCAGUCGACUUGAAGAGUUGGUCCUGGACAAUGCAGGACUCAAAACUGAUUUUGCCCAGAAGCUUGCUGCUGCCCUGGCCCACAACCCCAGCUCAGGACUCACCACUAUUAAUCUUGCCAACAACCCACUGGAGGACAGAGGUGUUUCCUCCCUGGGUGCUCAGUUUGCCAAACUCCGUUUGGGGCUCAAGCAUUUAAACUUUUCCAAAACCUCACUCUCACCCAAAGGGGUGAAUAGCCUUUGCCAGUCACUGAGUGCCAACCCAUCCAUCCCCAGCAGCCUAGUCCAUCUGGACCUCUCAGGGAACGUGCUCCGAGGAGACGACAUGCAGCACUUCUACCACUUCCUUGGUCAGCCCAACAGCCUGGCAACCCUCGACCUCUCCAACACUGACUGCUUACUGGACCAGGUUUGCUCAGCUCUCCUGCGCGGCUCAGUCGAACACCUCUCUGUUCUCAACGUGUCAAAGAGCAUCUUCCCUCACAGGAAAGGCAAAGAGGUGCCUCCCUCCUUUAAGCACUUCUUCAGCAGUGCCACAUCUCUCACUUCCAUCAACGUGUCAGGAACCAAGCUGGCCCCAGAGGCUCUCAAAGCCCUCCUACUUGGUUUGGCCAGCAACCCAAAUGUGAAGGAUGUCUCCCUAGACCUCAGCUGCUGUGAGCUUGGCCAUUGUCUGCGGUCUGGAGGUUCUCAGAUCCUUGAAGGUUGUAUCGCUGAGAUCCCCAAUAUCUCCAGCCUGGAUAUUUCUGAUAAUGGAUUAGACUCAGACCUGUCCACUUUGCUUAUUUGGUUAGCCAAGAACCGGUCUAUCAGACACCUCUCUCUGGGCAAGAACUUCAACAACAUCAAAUCCAAAAAUCUCGCUCCAGUGUUGGACAGCCUGGUUCACAUGAUUCAGGAGGAGGAGUCGCCCCUCACUUCUUUGUCUCUAGCAGAUUCCAGACUCAAGAGUGAUCUGACCAUCGUCCUCAAUGCUUUGGGCAGCAACUCCUCACUCACAAGGCUCGACAUCAGUGGGAACGCCAUGGGUGACAUGGGUGCCAAAAUGCUGGCCAAGGCUCUACAGAUCAACUCCAAACUCAGGACUGUGAUCUGGGAUAAGAACAACACCAGCCCUCAGGGUCUACAGGAUGUAGCAGCCGCUCUGGAAAAGAACUUCACCAUUCGUUUCAUGCCCCUCCCCAUCAUCGAUGCCUCCCAGGCUCUAAAGGCAAGCCCUGAGAAAACCGAGGAUGCCUUACUCAAGAUUGAGACUUAUUUGUACAGGAACCACGAGACCAGAAAAUAUCUACAGGAACAGGCUUAUCGGCUACAGCAGGGCAUCGUAACCACAACCACACAGCAGAUGAUUGAUAGGAUUUGUGUUAAGGUGCAGGACCACCUGAAUUCUCUGAGGAACUCAGAGACAGAUGCCAUUUUGGAGGAUGUCAGGUCAGCGGAGAGCCUCAUCAAAGAUGCCAGGAAUUCUAAAACGCUGCUUCCCAACCUCUACCACCUUGGGUCAGCAUCCAGAGAGGAGGUGAACAGUUCUUCAGUAGGUCCCAUUCAGGAGAAACUGGAGUCUAUGGCUGGGGAGGUGACCGCUGUCAUGGACCAACAGCUCCAGACGCUGUUGGAGUCCAUGAUUGAUGCAGCAGAGUCUCUGUGUCCUCAUGUGUUGAAGAGGAGUAAUCUUCGAGCAGAGCUGAUGAAGGCCAGUUCAGCCAGGAUGAUCGUACCUAAAAGCUUUGUCAGCAAAACCCUCCUGGAGCAGUCCGGGGUGGAUAUUAUCAACAAGAUCAGUGAGGUGAAACUAAGUCUAGCGUCUUUUCUGUCCGAUCGCAUUGUUGAUGAGAUUUUGGAGGCUCUUUCCUCGUCACAACACGUACUGGCUGACCAUCUGGUACGUCGAGGUCGCCCCUUGGUGCAGCAGGAGUCGGUGGAUCUGGAUGUGCCGGAGGAGAAGAUUCCGAAACGGGCAUCGACUGAGAUGCUGGAGGCUGAGAGGCUUGAGGAUUUGGAGACAUGUAUGAUGACUCCUAAAUCCAAAAGGAAGAGCAUCCACAGCAGGAUGCUGCGGCCAGUGUCUCGUGCCUUUGAGAUGGAGUUUGACCUAGACAAAGCCCUAGAGGAUGUCCCUAUCCAUGUGGAGGACACUUCGACAUCAUCUCAAACUCCAUCUACUCCAUCUAUGGUGCUGCCCAAACUGGACCAAUGUCCGACAGGCGUGAUGGUGGAGCUGCCGUCUGAGGAAGAAAAAAAGCUGCAGCACUUCACCAAACUACGCCCUCGGAGGAACAAAAAGACACAUUCCAGCAAAGUACCACAAAUCAACAGCACUCCAUCUCAAGAUGGGGAACAGAAUGGGCUCAUGGGGAGGGUGGAUGAGGGUGUAGAUGAGUUCUUCUCAAAAAAAGUCACUAAGAUGGAUUCCAAGCGUUCCCUGAAGAGUUCAGAAUCUCAAGAUGGAGAGAAGAAGAAGAAAGGAGGAUUUCUUAAUCUCAUCAAACGAUCCUCUAAAUCAGAUAAAUCAGACAAAUCCGAUAAGUCAGAGAAAAUUCAGGCUACUUCAACAUCCUCAGGUCCAUCCUCAGCCUCUGUAGCAUCUGUGCAGGCAUCCGUCAUCCCAGAGGAGCCUUCCUCACCAAAGGUGGCUGUUAAAAGUCCAGCACCCGAGCCAAAGUCAAGAGACACCUCCAGUCGCUCACAGCCCACAGACUACAGCAGCAGCUCAGACCGAUCUGAGGAGCUGAGGACACCGGACUCCAUGGACGAACCUUGGGAGGGUUCAGAUGGCAGGGGAAGUCCUCAGGGAGGCAGGCGGUAUCCUGGUGUGCAGAUGAUGGGCAGCGGUCUCCUAGCAGAGAUGAAGGCCAAGCAGGAAAGGAGAGCAUACAAGUCUUCCAGCCCUGACAGGCCUGACAGCAAUACAACAGCCAAGCCUCAACCCACCACUCCAGAAAGCAGGUCUCCCAGUGGUCCCAUUAACAAACCUGACCCUGCGUCACCAGAAAAGACCUCUCCACGCGGUGAGACUAAGCCUGAGCCAGCUCCUCGUCUCAGAGCUACAUCUUCCUCGAGUUCCCCAGGGGGACCAGCGAGUCCUAAACCACCAGUGCCACAGGGAGCAAAGCCUGCUCUGGCUGCUCGACCCGCAAUCCCGCAGAAGCCGAGGACCACGAGUAGCAGCAGGAGCAUAGAUGAGAGCUCAGAUUCCCCCAGCAGUGGCAGUGUGUCUCAUAAAGUCACAGGUCUUCCUCCAACACUGAAGAGGGUGCUAUCAGAAAAAGACAAAGAGGGAGUCUCCAGCAACAAACCCACUCAGGAAGUAAGAUCAGUGUUGGACUCUGUUCAGCGAUCCAGCGCUGUUGGCACCAACUCUGAAGAUCACGGCUCCUUCAAGACCAAGGACCAGAGUGCAAACUCAGACAAGGACAAAGCAGCGGGCAAGAAGUCAUCAGACUCUGGGGAGGAGGCGGACAAAGACUUUAUUUGA